AUGGGCGGCGCACACGAACAAGCCGACAAGAACCACACGUCCGACGACUUUCCCAACCUCGCGCCUUACAACACGCCCGCCGACGCCUUUGAAGGGAAAUACCACGCGAGUUGUCACUGCGGUGCGGUGAGGUACGAGGCCAAGGGCGAGCCCGAGUUGAGCGUGUGUUGCCACUGCCAUACGUGUCAGAUUGUGCAUGGCGCGACGAGUCAGAGGGCGUUGAUCUUCAAGAAGGAUCACAUCAAGUUCCCCAAGGAGUGCCUCGACUCGGUUGCGUUCUACCAGACGCACGACAAGAAGGUUGGGCGACACUUGCCGUGCAAAGUCCGCUGCAAGACUUGCGGCACCCUGAUCGCCGACGAAGGUCGCAACAUGUGGCUCGCGAUGCCCGCCCUCUUCCGUUUCGACGACCACACCGAACCCGCCUCGUGGGCUCCCAAGCACCACAUUUUCUACAAGGAGCGAUGCCUCGAUUUGGAGAGGAAGGAGGGCGUGACGUAUUGGGAGGGCGCGCAGGACAAGAGUGAGAAGGUGUAG